AUGAAUUUAUCCGAACUGAAGACAAAUCCGACGAUGGACGUGCUGAACAGCAAAAAGUCCAAACACAAGGAAACGCGCUGGAAUCGCAUCCGAAAAAAGCAUCUGAACAAUCUGACGGUCACCACGAGCACCGUAAAGAAAUUUAUCAACAUGAAUUUUGUGCACGAAAACGAAAUUCAGUCAAUGACGAACCCCGAUGGACUUCGAAGGCAACUUUUGAACCCCGUGGUGGUGAUGAAUUUGCGUCACGAGAUGAUCCGCAAUAAAUUUAUCACGGAAGAGCGGAAAGAUUCGACGCCAACGAGGGAUCUGCUCAAAGCCGUGCGUGACAACGAAUACAUGGAACGCGAGGAAUUGCGUCAAAAAAACCUCAUCGAAAGCGAAUUGAACAAAUUUCGCAAACAAAUGAACACGCGACCCAAAUCGCGUCUCGGAAGUUCCAAAAAAAGUCAUUUAUUGAUAAAUUUACCCACAAAAUUGGACCCAAUCGAGCACGUGACGGAGGAAAAUGACGAUUUUGAGAACAAAGAAAAUGCCGGAGACCUUCUGACAGACCUCGAUACCGAAGAUUACAUCAACAAAUGCUACUCGGAAGUCGUGGAAGUGUCUCCAAACGACAGAAGUCGACACACAACGACACCCCAAGGCUCCCUGGACGAGGACUACGACGAAGAAUACGAAGAAAAUGUCAUCUCCCAUCCGGAAAAUCGCAUCGUUCGUUUCGGCGAGAACGUGGAAGUCAUCGAAUAUGACCAAGAAACGUCCUGUUCGAUCAGCAGUUUGACCACAAACAGCGAUUUGUACCUCGAAAUGCAAGAUUCCGACACAGAACCGGUUCGCGACACCACCGAAGACUUUGAAAAGUUCGAACCGGAGGUUUAUAGCAACUUUACGAAGAAAAUUACGACCAAAUUCGAGAACAACGGGUAUUAUUACAGCGAAAACACGAUCGAAAUGACAGAUAAUUUCUUAAAAAUCACAAAAUACGAAAAUUGUCGCAAAUGCGAGGAGAUAAAUUACUUCGGGGAACACAUUUUCGACGAAAAUCGGCAUCGAUUCACGGAAAUUUUGGAAAUUGAACCGCCGGUUGAGACAAAAAAAGAUGUUUCGCGUGAUGAAAUCGAAAAAACGGACGAUUCGCAGUUGAUGCUGAUCAAAAAAAUGGACAUUGAACCGAAAGACUACACAAAUUUGAUCGUGAAAAACGGAUAUCGGUUCGAGGAAAAGGACAAAAUUAUCCAGGAAUUGUUCAAAACGGAGGAAAAACCCAAAAAAGAUCCGAAUUUGGAGCUUUUGCGAUGGGCGUUCAAUCGAUGGCACCAAAAAGCGGUAAUCGGAAGGAUCACGAGAGAUAACCCGGUGUCAAAAAAGGACCGGAUAAAGAAAAUUAAUGAAUUCCUGAACAGAAUUAACAUCGAAAAGCGCCAUUUUUUCAACGAAGCUGUGCGAAAAGCGAUGGACAGUCAAAAACAUAUCGAUAGUGUGACUCUAAAGAAGAAUUACGAGCACAAAUUGAAGAUUCAACAAGACAUCAUUGACCUACAAAAGCUGAAAUUAAGUCGGCAGGAACGCGUUAUCACCGAAUUAAAGCUCCACAAGCUCUCGGAUGAAGCGCGCGCCGCCAAACAAGAACUCAAAAACGAGUUGAGUCACUUGUCGCGACGCGGAGACAUCAAAUUACGAGCUCGCGUCAAGUCAAUUCAAAUUACGGGCAACAUAAAAAGUGACACGGACGAUGACGAAACGAAAAAGUUGCAAGCGCAGGGGUUGGUUGUGCCAAAAUUCCUUGCGAAAAUGCAAGCGAGGGCCAUGGAACGGACGAUGAAGCAUCAGGAGGCGAAGGAACGACGUCUGAGACUCGAGCAGGAAAGAGAAGAUGCGAGAUUGGCGGCAGAUGAGGCGAAAAGGCAGCUGGAUGAGGAAGCGAAAAAGGCGAGGAUGGAGGAGUUGCGGGAAAAACGGCGACAGGAGAAGAUGGAUAAGGUGCAACGGGAGAAAGAUCGGAUAAAUUAUUUGGAAGGCAUGAAAAAGGCGAAGGAAUUUUAUUUGAAAUUGUUGCUGCGAAGGGGAAUGCGACAUUUUAAGAUGGUGCUGGAAAUUAAGCGGAUGAACGAGAUUAAAGCGGAAUUGCAUUACAAGAAACGGUUGCAGUUGAUGUGCUUUGCGUCGUGGGGUGGAUAUACGAAAAUGGUGAUUACGGAACGAGAGAAGAAAGCGGCGGAUUUUUAUCGGAAAUAUGUGCUGAGAAAUGCUUUUCGCUUGUGGAAAGAUUACUUUUUGCUCCAACAAUCAAAAAUGCUGUUGGCAAUCGACUGGUAUGAGCUUCAAUUUAUGUCAAAAGUCAUCAAAGCUUGGUACGAAAGAGUUCAAGAGCUUAAAAAAGUUGAAGCGGUCAAGAUUGAACGUGCUGAUCAACAUUAUCAUGUACAACUAAAAUGGAGAUGCCUGAUAUAUUGGUCUCGCUUGCCAGCAAUCAAUAAAAUCGAGAAAGAAACUGAAGAACGACGACAAAAAUGGAGACUCAAAAUAAUGGAAUUGUGUCCGGAUUACAAACCGAAGCAUUGGAGUGACGAGGAAGGGGAGACUUGA